AUGGACACAGCCAAGCCUUGUGCAACUCCAAUAGCAUCAGGUACUAAGUUGUUGGCAACAACAGGAGAAUUAUUGGCUAAUCCUACAGAAUAUCGACAACUUGUUGGAGCUUUGCAAAAUCUAACAAUCACUCGUCCUGAUAUCUCAUAUGUGGUAAAUCAGGUAUGUCAGUUUAUGCAAACUCCAACAACAAAACAUUUACAAGCUACCAAGCGAAUACUCAAAUAUAUCAAACACACUAUUGGAGCGGAAGUUCAUCUAAAGCCAACCAAAUUGACUCUAAUGGCGGCAUUCACAGAUGCCUACUGGGUCGGCUACCCUGACACAUGUCGCUCCACAAGUGGGUUCUGCACAUUCCUGGGUGACAACCUCCUAUCAUGGUCAUCGAAAAAGCAACCAACAAUGUCACGCUCUAGUGCAGAAGCAUAA